CAGUCGCUGUUGUGGCUGGGAGGCAGCAGAGUCAGGCAGUAUCUUUGGUUGACCGUGAUCCAGCCAAAGGUAAAGCAGGAGUCUUUUAAACUGACCGACAAAGAGAAAAGAAGCUACUGACGUGUCUGGCCAAACUCCGACUUUGCACGACACCUUUCAUCCUCCAGAUACUGCAGACAAAAAGUACCAGAAGAGCAAGCCGGGACAGGACGCUGGGUGAAGUGCGACAGGAUGUUCAGCCAGUUGUUUAUCUCUUUCUAAAUGAAUAGAAGAGGCAGGUUGUGACCAUGCGCUGCCUGGCUGCUCGGGUGAACUACAAGACCCUUAUCGUUAUCUGCGCCCUCUUCACACUCAUCACUGUGUUGCUGUGGAACCGCUGCUCUAGUGACACCUCCAUACGCUUCCUGCCCCGCGCUGCCCCGGUGGCCACGAGUUCUCAGAUCGGCGAUGCUAGCAUCAGCAGCCAGCAGCAUCCCCCGCAACCUCCCGAGCCCCCGCCUGUUGUCGGAGUUGUCGGGGGGAUCAAGUAUGAAGAAAUUGACUGCUUAAUCAAUGAUGAAUCGACUGUCAAAGGCCGGCGAGAGGGGGGAGAAGUCUACCUGCCCUUCUCUUGGGUGGAAAAGUACUUUGAGGUGUACGGCAAAAUAGUGCAGUACGAUGGCUACGAUCGUUUUGAGUUUCAGCACAGCUAUUCAAAGGUUUACGCCCAGCGAGAACCCUACCACCCCAACGGAGUCUUCAUGUCGUUUGAGGGAUACAACGUGGAGGUCCGUGACCGGGUCAAGUGUAUCAGUGGAGUGGAAGGCGUGCCUCUGUCCACUCAGUGGGGCCCUCAGGGCUACUUUUACGCCAUCCAGAUUUCCCAGUACGGUUUGAGCCAUUACAGCAAAAACCUGACCGAGCGCGCUCCCCACGUUGAUGUCUAUGACACAGCCGAGGAGAGGGACAGCCGAGCCAACGCCGCGACCUGGAGUGUACCGAAGGGUUGCGGGCUCAGCCACGUCUAUGACAAGACCAGGGCUACCUCCGUGCGGCAGUUCAGCGCUCCAGACUCCUCCGAAGGCGUGUCCCUCCAGAUGGGCAACUCCAAAGACUUCAUCCUCAGCUUGGACCUCAAGUUUAUCUCCAACGGCAGCGUGUCUGUAAUCCUUGAAACCACAGAGAAGGGCCCUCCCUUCACAAUCCACUACGUGACCAGCACACAGCUCAUCGCCUUCAGAGAGCGUGACAUCACCUACGGGAUUGGACCGCGAACCGCUUGGAGCACUCUGACCCGGGAUCUGCUCACCGACCUCAGGAAGGGCGUCGGGCUGUCCAACACCAAGGCUGUUAAGGCCACAAAGAUUAUGCCCAGACGUGUGGUGCGAUUAGUCCUGCAUGGGCGUGGAUUUGUUGACAACAUCACCAUCUCCACCACUGCGCACAUGGCCGCCUUCUUUGCCGCCAGCGACUGGCUGCUGCGCAACCAGGACGAGCGAGGCGGAUGGCCUAUCAUGGUCACCCGUAAACUAGGCGAAGGCUUCAGACCUCUGGAGCCCGGCUGGUACUCUGCCAUGGCUCAGGGCCAGGCCAUGUCCACCCUUGUGAGAGCCUACCUCCUCACCAAGGACCAGGCGUACCUCAACGCUGCCCUGAAGGCAGUAGGACCUUAUAAGGUGCCUUCAGCACAGCAUGGGGUCAAAGCUGUGUUCAUGAACAAGUAUGACUGGUAUGAAGAAUACCCCACCACACCCAGCUCCUUUGUGCUCAACGGCUUCAUCUACUCCCUGCUGGGGCUUUACGACUUGACUGAGACAGCUGGAGAGAAGCUCGGCAGGGAGGCAGGGCAGCUGUUCAGCCGCGGCAUGGAGUCACUGAAGGCCAUGCUGCCGCUCUUUGACACCGGGUCCGGGAGCAUUUAUGACCUGCGUCACUUCAUGUUGGGCACUGCGCCCAACUUGGCUCGCUGGGACUAUCACACCACGCACAUUAACCAGCUACAGCUGCUGGCAUCUAUAGACAACUCCCCCAUCUUCAAGGAUGUGGUCAAGCGCUGGAAAACCUACUUAAAAGGGAUUCGUGCCAAGCACAAUUAGACUAAACUCCAACCCACACACUAUAAAGGCUGAGAUGAGAAGAUCGAUUUAUUCUGUGCGACUGAAGGAAUGAAUGAGCGGCCUAUGCUCGCGUCGCGUGUCUGUGCACGUCCCAGAUCUGGUUGAAGUCCAAAAUCUGAAGUAUGAGUUUAAUCAGCUGAAGCUCUCAAUACUCUCUCGUGUGCUCUGUUGCAGGUUUUUUAAUUUCUGCAACAUCCACUGUAGCUCUCCUCUCCCUGUUUCUUUUCUUUUCCUCCCUCUCUUGAGUUAGUGUUUGUAGUUAUGCACAAACCUCAUUUCAAAGUGAGAGUGUCUGCAUUCAGGAAGGAAGUGUGUAUGUGUUCGUGCGUGUGUGUGUGUGCGUGCGUUUUUAAAAAGAAUAUAUGACAUUGGUGAAAGAUUAAAAACUCUGUGAAUCACAUUUCAGACAUUCUUCGAUGCAUCCAGCACAUUUUUCUUCUGCAAUUGUAUUUUUUUUAACGUCAUUUCAGAUUAAAGUUUAUUAAAACACACUGUAUA